UGAGUUUCGGCUCGGGUGUGUGCGGUGCCACGUUGUGCGUGAGCGUUCGCCUGUGCGCGUGCCCGCUGUGUCCGUGUCCGUUGUGUGUCCACCUUUUCGAAGGUGAGCAGCGAGAAGCGACCGAACGGGAAGAGAGGAGACGCGGGGGAAGAGAUGACAGUGGCAACGGCCAUCAACCAGGGACUCGUCUUGGGAACGGUUCAAGGGAAACGAAGCAUGUGGCGCUGCUUCUACGCUCCUGGGUGGUUCGGUUGAUAGAGAUCGGCGAGUCGGAGACCGAGCCGACCGUGAUGGAGGUGAAACCGAUCCCGAAGCCCAGAUCGGUGGUGCCGCAUCGGCCGGUGCCAGCGCCGCGCCGGCUUCCGCCGACGCUUCCGGUGAGCAGCUGCCACAGCAGCCAAAGCAGCGACUCCGGCCAAUCGGAGAAGACCGACGACGCGAAAUCGAUCCCGGACACCCGGACGGCGAACAACAACGAGUUCUUCCGGAACCUGAGCACCAGCUCCCGCCAGCUGAAGGACGAGAUCUCGGAGAAGGUGACGACCAAGGGCCGCGCGGUGAUCUCCAGCACCAGAAACGCCAGCAUACGGCUCGAGAAGUCCGUGAAGAACCUGCUGACGCGGCGACUGACCUCGCUGAACCAGGACGACCUGCUCAAGGACAACGCCGAAGGCUGCAAGCCGUACAACGACCUGAUGGAGGACGAGAGGUGCGUCUCCAUGCCGGCCAACGACAUCUUCAGCAGCAUCACGUUCUACAGUCCUCUGAACACCAACUUGAGGAGCAUGAGGAACGAGGAGGACCUUUCCGGGACGCGGACCAGCCCCCCGCCACCGGACUAUCCUCCACCCCCGCAUCCCGACGAAUCUAUCUACGACGAACUGCAGUCCGUCACGUCUGGCAGCAACCGAUACGACACGAUCAGCUCCACCGUAUCCGAGAAGACCGACAGGGACUUCCCCGAGUCGUUCAGUCUCCUGAAUUUCGCGCUGAACCAGGCCAGCGACUCUGACCAGAGCUUGAACCUCUCGGACGCCAGCGGGUCGCUUCCCCGCGACAAGACUGACUCGAGGAGGUUGUCCAGGUCCGAUUCGUGGACGUUCUACGACACGGCCCCAGCCAGCAAGUCCGAAGCGAUCGACGAAUUGGAUCGGAUCUCCAGCGCCGAGGAAGACACGCCCGAACCUUGCCACCUGUCCGUCGAGCCUCUGGUGAACAGAACGUCCUCCGCCUCGGAGGAGAGCCAAGCAUCCGUGCAGAACUCUUUGUACGAGAACCUGCUCGCCCAUAGAGCACCAUUGGAGGAGAAACAGGAGACGUCCGGCUCCGAGAACAGAGCGCAGAACAGCCGAUCGUUGUUGUUCGAAUUCGAUCCGUUCGCGAAAACCGCCGAUACCGAGAACCUCUACAGCAACUUCGGGAACAAUGACAUGAUGCUGCUGGAGACACUGUUGGCUACCAGCGAUUCGCCCAGCAGUUCCGGCAGCAUCCUCGAUUUCCAAGAAGUCGCCGAUAACGAGGAGGAUCCGAACGAUAUGGACGACGAGGACGCCCCGCAUCCGCAGAUCUCGGCAGUGCCGCCGGUGCCGCCGAGGAGGAUCGACUCUCUGCCGAAGAACGAAUACGAGGAGGCCCUCGAAGCUAUCUCCGGAACCGACAAGGCCACCGUCGCCAAAAAUCCGGCCCUGUUGCCGAAGCUGGCGCACUUGGUCACCAAGAAACAGCCCGCCGUGCCGCCCAGAAAACCGCCCAGAGAUCGACAAAACGACUCGCCGGCCGAUAACGCGGCGUCUGGCGAUGAUAACGGUCAUUCAGGCAACGCCACGAAGAUGACGGUCAGCCCGAAACCUGCCGAGGAAUCUCCGGCGAGCCCCGCGGCCGCGAAAAACGCGGAGGAGCACCGUCGCGUCGGCAUGAUACAGAAGCUGAAGAAGCUGAGGCACGACUCGACGUCCCACGGUAUCGGGCCGAACAUGAUCAGCUUCGUGAAGAGCGGCAGCAAGCUGUUGUCGCGGAACCGGGACCAGGCCAGAGGCUCGGCCUCGAAGUCGACGAAGCUGGAGAGGCCGAAGUCGAACGCGCCGCAGAACCCUGCGAGGCAUCAAGGGAUCGUCUACAGGUCCGGCGUCGGUAUCGAGAGGGCGAAGGACCUCGUGCAGAGGGCGGCGAUGCUGGCCGACCAGAAACUAUCGUUCUACACGGACAAGAGCAUGACCACUGCGAAGGAGGUCAUUCAACUCGACACAGUGUACAGCAUUCAUCUUCUGCAGGAUGUAAAAGGAAUCGAUGGCGAUACUGUACACUGCGUAGCGAUCAGCGUGGAAGGAAGGCCGAGCGUCCACGUGUUCUACGCGAAAGGUGUGACCGAAAGACGAAUUUGGGCCCAACGAAUAUUGGAGGCGAUCACUCUAGUCUUUCCCACGAAAUACUCGUCCGAUCUGACGAGGGUGGGAUGGGUUUACUUAAAGGAAGGCGUAACAGGUGUAUGGUUUCCGGCAUGGGUUCUUCUGCAUCAAAGGACUCUGGUCUAUACGAAGACUCUCGAUCAGUCCGUGGCUAUCACUCAUGGGGAACUCGAUCUUCGAAAAGCACGUUGCAUCGUGUUACGUGAACAGGAAGGCCCGAACCCGAAUGCGGGGCCCGUUUCCGUGGUGGUCGUAGAUGCAGGUGGCAACGGUGCGUUGCACAUCGCUGCACCAGGUAUUUACGAAGGAUCUGCAUGGAGGCACGCGCUCUAUCAAGCAGCUACCACGUGUGGUCCCGAUUUAGAACAGCAGCAACUAACGCAGGACGACGUCCCUGUGAUACUCGACAAGUGCAUCAAUUUCAUAUACGCUCAUGGUAUCAUGACGGAGGGAAUUUAUCGUCGUAGCGGGUCCACCAGCGCCGUUGUUCGGCUGCUGGCGGCUUUCCGUCACGACGCAUGGGCGAUGCAAAUCACGAGAGGCUUGUACACGGAGCACGACGUCGCCACCGCGCUAAGACGAUUCCUCCGUGAUCUACCGAAUCCAUUGUUUCCUGUCAAAAUCCACGACCGGCUUUGUCUCAACACAGAAAACAUUAACGAGAACGAACAGGUCACAGCGUACAGGUCGCUGUUAUCUUCGUUGAGCCCGGUGCCGGCGGCGACCCUGCGGAGGAUUCUUGCUCACCUUCACUGCCUGAGUCAACAGAGUUCCAGGAACCUGAUGACCGUCGAGAAUCUUUCUGCGAUUUGGGGGCCGACGUUGAUGCACGGCGGGAAGAACAGCGCCGAAGAAUGGAACCGCCGGGAAACGAGAGUGGUCGGCGAUCUGAUCCGGCUCUAUCCGAAGUUGUAUCAAUUGACCGCCGCCGAUCUCGCGAAGGAGGCAAAAAUUUUAGAGGUCCUCGAGAAGCAUCAUGUGUCGAACAAUGGGCCGCGGGCGCCCUCAGGAGACCUCAAGAUAUGGAUCUAUGUCUUCUCGAAAGACGGCGAAUGCGUGAACGUGACGAUUGGACCGCAAAAGACCGCAUUCGAUAUAUGCGCAGAGCUCGCAGACAAAACGAAUUCACCGGCCCAUGAACUUUGCUUGGAGGAGUACACGUUGUCCGGUGCGCUGGAACGACCGCUGCAUCACACCGAGCGUGUCCUUGAAACGGUUGCAAGGUGGGGAUACUGGGAACCCGAGGAUAGGAAGGACAACAUCCUCAUUCUUAAAAGAGAUCACCUCUACAAGGAUAUAUUGCCCUUGAUAAAACCACCACUGACACCGUCCGGUGAACUUAAAUUUGCUAGCAGUAAGAUGAAGCACUUCAAAACCUACCUCUUUGAAUUUAGUCAAGGAAAACUUUGCUGUUACAAAGACAAAGUGUGUUCGGCUAAGUUACACGAAUGGAGGAUAGAAGAUAUCAUUUGGUACCUAGGUCAUGAGCCUAAACGGAAUCCUCAAACUGGAUGGUCCAUCACAUUCAUUACAAAAAAUAACAAACCGAUGAGGUGUAAAGAAACUCCAUUUUUCGGAUGUACGAUAGCUGGAUCGUUAAAGGACGAGCAAUAUAAGUGGUUAGCAGCUAUGAUCUUUGCAGAAUACCAGCUAAACCUGCGACCAUCUGCAAUUAAUCUUAUGGAUCCGUAAAUAAUUAAUAUAUUUUUUUAAGUAACGUUCGUGCCUCGGAAAUUUAUUAUACUUCUAUAUUUUUAUAUUGUAUAUUAUUUUGUCAUUUGUUUCAUUGCCCAUGCUUGCCUUAAUACGUGCACGACUACAAUAUUUUUUUAUAUAGUACAUUAUGUAUAUAUGUUGAAAUAAAUAAAAAAUAUCAUUACAUAAG